AUCGAAGCCGUCGUCAUGUCUGGUCGUGGAAAGCAGGGCGGCAAAGCCAGAGCCAAGGCGAAGACUCGCUCGUCCCGGGCAGGCCUGCAGUUCCCCGUGGGCCGCGUGCACCGCCUGCUGCGCAAAGGCAACUACGCCGAGCGCGUCGGGGCCGGGGCGCCCGUCUACAUGGCGGCCGUGCUGGAGUACCUGACCGCCGAGAUCCUGGAGCUGGCCGGCAACGCGGCGCGCGACAACAAGAAGACGCGCAUCAUCCCGCGGCAUUUGCAACUCGCCAUCCGCAACGACGAGGAGCUCAACAAGCUGCUGGGCAAAGUCACCAUCGCCCAGGGCGGCGUCCUGCCCAACAUCCAGGCCGUUCUGCUGCCCAAGAAGACCGAGAGCCACAAAGCCAAGGCCAAGUAA